CAUAAACAUCAUCUCCUCACUUUCAAUCUUCCACCACCAAAAAAAAUCCCCCAAUCCAGUCUUCCACCAUGUACUUCUCCACUAUCGUCCUCUCCACCCUCCUCGCCACCCUCUCCUCGGCAACCAUCAUCCUCGGCCACGCUGACUACGAAAACGACGGCCACAAAGACACGGCCGUCUGGAUCCAGGGCCAAGACCCCUGCGCCUAUACCUACAUGGGCCAUGGUAGCCCCUGUAGCUUCAACGGCGGCAACUUUGUCGCCUCAAACACGUUCCACUACCGCAUCGUCAACUGCAACAAUGGCCAGCCUUUUACGCUACAGAACGAAAAUGGGUCCAAGAAUGCUGAGGCCGUCUUCCGGCCCAUUGAUGAUUUGGUGCACUGCCCAGGCGGAUAUACUAUGGGCCAGACUUGGGUUUUCUAAAUGACAGGCUAAGGGGUGGAGAAAUGAGAAGGAGGGCGGGGGGUGAUAGAGGAUACUGACUUAGUCACUCACUUUUGUUUGAUCUGGAAUUUCCGGGCAGUAGUUUGGAAAUGAGAGAAGAGGGGGGGUUACGUAGUCGAUUUUUGAACGCUCGUUUUUAGUUUUGACUCUUUUUGGAGGAAGUUUUGUUUCGGCGGUGUAGAUAGAUGAAAAGGAAGGCUUGAAUUCAAGGUUUUCGACAAUGCCUG